AUGGCAGACGUAUCGUACGGUGGCUUUGCGCCCCGUCGCAACCAGGGAAUCAUAGGGAGGUCGCUCUCCUUCUGCACCGGCCGGAACAUGACCUGGCGAUCGACAGCCUCGCCCGUGGAUAUCCCAGGUGCCUCUCCGCCCAAACCCUCGACGAGAAGAUGUCUCUUGUCCGCCUCCGUCCCGGAGAGCACAGAUGCCGUCCUCUCCAGGUCCAUCCUCGAACAGUGCCGAAUCGCCGACAGAACCUGCGACACCAGCCCGCGCGCAAGCCUCAAGGAGUGUGGGAGCUGGGCGUCGCGGACCUGCUCAGAGGCGGCGGGCAGCAGCAGCAUCACGCCGUGGUCGACCUGGAAGGCCUCGUCGAGCUCGUCCAAGGAAGGAGGAGGAGGAGUGGCAGCACAGAGCCUGGGAAAGAGCUCCUGCAAUCACCAGAUGACUUCGGCAAGUGUCAAGACGGAGUUUGCCAAACGUCGAGAACCUCAGAAGCAGGCAAGGGACCAGGUGUCGGCCUUGUCGGUUGCGCUGCGUGGGCUGAGUAGGAGUGCGCUCAACGUUGCUGAGGGCCAGCGUGAUCAGAUUGGUGCCGCACAGCGAGAACAUCGUCGUCUGUGCCAAGCAGAUCGUCUGAGCACCUUGGAGGAGGAGCAGCAGCCGGAGGAGGAAGGGUCAGAGCCGGUGCCAACCGCAGUGGAAAACGCCGUGCGAGCCGGAGUGAUGAUGGUGGUGAGAGCGGUGACUCGGACUCUGACGAGGACGACAAGCGGCCGCGGCUGA